AUGCGGAUGCUAGAUAUAGCAGCAAAUUUAUCAGUCAUGGAAAGAUUGCAGAGAUUACAAUUGAUCAGUGUAAAAAGUUUCGAGGAGCAGUAUUGUUUGUGUGGAUCAACAGUCCGUCAUCCACCGGUUCCGUGCGGCACAUCAUUGCCCGAAUGCACUGAGCCAUGCUCACGAGAGCAUUCAUGCGGUCAUCCACCAACGCAUAACUGUCAUGCAGAGCCCGAGUGCCCUCCAUGUACAAUGCUUACUCAGAAACAAUGCUACGGUGGGCACGAGAUUCGUGCAAAUAUUCCGUGCUAUCUGAAUGAUGUUUCAUGCGGACGUCCAUGUGGCAAAGAGUUACCAUGUGGUGUGCAUUAUUGCAAGCGAAUUUGCCAUCCCGGUCCAUGUUUGGCGAACAGUGCACCGUGUCAGCAGCCGUGUACAGUUCGGAGAUUCGGAGAGGCCUGUGAUCACAUCUGCGGCUUACCAUGCCAUGGCAACACACCGUGCCCCAAAAGGUUGAAGAUUUUUUUUGUUUGCUUUUGA